AUGGAACAACGAUCUUCUGAAUGGGAUGAUUUGUUUGAACUUGAUCCUCCUCACUAUGGAAGAGAUGAUCAUUAUUUACCCAUUGAGAAUGAAUAUCAUCCAUUCAAUUCAUCUGCAGAGGAGAAGUGUACCAAAUUAUUUCUUCAUGAUGAUUUCAUAACCCAAAAAGAUUCCGAUCAUCAUCAUCAACGAGUCAUGAAGAAAUUCAGAGAAAAAAUGUUGUGGGGAAAAAAAGGAAGGCGAAUUAAACCCUUCGUAAUGAAUUUUGAGCUCGUUCAUUCAUUGGGAGAAGCAGGGGUUGAUACUUGUUCUCCACAACAUUUUUCAUUACCUUUUGAUGUCAAGAUAUCUUACAAAUGUCAAGUGAUAUUGAUUUCCGACUUGAAAAAUCAUAGAAUUCAGGUAUUUCACUUGCUGUCCAACGAAUAUAUAACUUCAAUUCCUUCUCCUUCAAAAUGUCCAAGAUAUUUAUAUGUGGAAGCGGAUUAUGAUGGUCUCAAUGAUGCCUUAUUGUUUGGUUGUACGAAUCGUCCCUCGGUUUUUAAGUAUGACUUGAACGAUAUUCUUGAGCUAUCCAUGAAUUCCAUUUCCAAAGUUGCAAACAGUUACAUUUGGAAAUCUACACUCUUUAAACAACCUCAAGGAAUUGCAGUUUGUCAAAACAGAGUGUAUGUUGCGGACAGCUAUAAUCAAUGUUUGAAAGUUUUGGACUCAUGCUCAGGAAAAUUACUAUCCACAAUUCAAGUUGAAAGCAGUCCUUAUGGAGUUUGUUUUUCACCUGAUUAUCAGGUUUUAUAUGUUGGUGCUCAUCAGUCAUUGAUACAAGCGCCAACCUUCAAGAUUGAAUCCACACACACAAUUUUUGUUUUUCAAAAGAGUGAGAAAAGUCAAUGGGAGUUUAAAGAAAAAUUUGGUCAUGUUGGACCACUGGAUGGAGCCCUUCAUUUUCCUGACUCAUUCAUAAUUGAUUAUUUGACGAAACAUUUCAUUGUUAGCGAUAGUCAUAAUCACAGAAUAGUAAUCUACUCACCUCAAAAUGAGUUAUUUAAAUCAUUUUCCAAUGGUCAACUUAAUAAUCCGAAAGGAAUAUGCUUGAAUGAGUUGACAGGAGAACUUAUUGUAUGUGACCAUGAAAAUCAUCGAAUCAUGUUUUUCAAAUAA